UCUGUGGGCCUAAUCUAUAUUUGUUUACAACUUAAGACAAGUAAGGAAAAAUGGACUGAUUAUAUUAUACGAAAGACUAGGCGUAUGGUCUAUAGACUAUAGCCUGCCCUUAAUGGGCAAAUAAAAAAAAAAUAUGUACCUAUUAAUAACAUAAUAUCACAGUAAAUAAUAAUAAAUAUUUAAUUUUAAUCUUUGCAUCCAUUUGCAUCACACUAUGUUGAAACUUGAUAAUGAAUAGGUUUAAGUCUAGAAAAAUGAUGUAAUAAACUAAUAACGAAGAGUGUUUACUUUUUGUGGUUAUUAUUUGUAGUUGUGUUGACUAUGUAUUAACUUUCUUGGGAAUUAGUUUAUUUCAGUUGGUUAAAUUGAGUUAUGGACGUGUAAUAUUUAUAACAAUGAUUAAUAUUCUUCGAAUUAAAGCUUCGCAUCUUGUUCUGAAUCAUAUUUGUUCUCUUUCGUGUUGGUCGUGUGGUAAUAACAAUCCCUCGACGAUUGCAUAUUUAUUUUGUGAAAAUUGUAAAGUUCUGCAGAAACCUACCGAUGAUGUAAACUACUUUAAAAUAAUGGGUGUUCAUGAAACAUAUGACAUUAAUGAAAAUGAUCUAUCAAUGAAAUUUAAACAUCUGCAAAAACUCCUACAUCCUGAUAAGUUUGCUAAUAAAAAUAAAACAGAGCAGGAAAUAUCUGAAAGAUAUUCAUCACUUGUUAAUGAAGCGUACAAGACCUUAUUGGAACCAUUGUCAAGAGAUGUGUGUGGGAUCCGACGUAUGAACAAUAUAAAAAUACAACUUACAAACAAGACGAGGCAGGAAAUUGCAAAACUAUUGGAAUGUAAUGUUGAAGAAUUAAAAAUGAAUGAAAUUAAAAAAAAAAGAUGGACUCGCUUCUUGCAAGAUGCAAGAGAGAGAGAAAAAAACCGCCGAGAAAGGCAAAAAACAAUGAGUUCGAAAUCAGGCAGCGGUGCCGAUUGUACUUAUAAUUCUAAAUGGUUUGCAUUUAAAAGUAUGCACUUUUUGAUGGACAAAUAUAAACCGAGGAAAACAAUUGAUUUCGACACUAACCAAAAUAAAAACAUGGCUGAUGAGCAGGAGAAUCAGCGAAAUGAAGAAGAAACUGCGGUAGCGGUAGACCCUAAUGCAGGUACACAGUCAGAUUCAACAACACAUCCACAACCUGCAGCUUCAUUAGGAUCAAGAAACACCACAACACAAUGGCAACCUUCAACGUCUCUGCGAUCUGGAUCUGGCCACACGUUCAUACCACCAAAAAGAUCUAAACAUGAAGACCAUCGAGUAGCCGAAGCCUACCGUAUUUUAAAAGAUACACAUGAAUCAAAGAUAAGGGACAAGAGUCAAGCUUUUGGAAGUCAUGUUGCUUCAAAACAUUGUUGUGAAUAUUCGAAACGGACGAAAGCGUAUGUUGAACAUUACAUAAAUAAUAUACUGUUCGAUGUCGAUUUGGGGAAAUUUGAUGUUGAGUCAAAUUUCGCAUCAACUCCGAUGUCUUCAUAUUCAGACAAUUCAGACAGUUCACAAAAUGCAAUCACAGAUCAAUCUACCCAACCAGAUGGAAAACAGUUCAGAAAGUAAUGUGAACAUAGGCCAACAAUUACAAAUUCCGGAUGGUACCGCAACAGAAGAAACUAGAGAGUCUGCUGCAUUUUAUUAACAAUUUUAAGUAAUAUUUCGUUUCUAGUUACUUUUUUUGUGUACUUAAGUUCUCUGAUUGUUUUUUUUUAGUAAAUGUCUUAGUCUAAAAUAAAUUGUCUAAGUUUAUCUACUUACUUUCACUAAUAAUUACGGUCGUGAUAAUACGUGUGUGCUGUAUGUAUAAAAAUAAUAACAAAAUUGUUUACUUACCUUAGCAUAGUCUUGCAAUGUUUCAUUUAUCGUGGCACAUACUUCAGAUAUAGGAUUACAUAUUGUAGAUUUAGACAUUUUAGUAAAAUACAUCAGGCUUUCAUAGGAAUCUCCAGUUGCCAAAAAUCUCAAAGUCACUGCUAGUCUGUCAUAUGUAGGAAUCGAGUCUCUAAAAUUCGUACUUGAUUUCCGAAUUUUGUCGCUGAUCAGAGAUAGUAAAUGAUCAAAAUCCUCUGGCACAAUUCUAAUCCUUUGUAACCCACCAACGUCUCUUCCUUCUUUUAUUUUUGAGUUUUUGCGACAAAAUAAUAAAUGCAGCACUUGCAAUUAUGAUAUCGCUGUCAGAGUCAGACAUAGCGAAGCACUACCAAUACCAACCACAGAAUUGACACGAAUGAGCAAAGAAUAUUCGUUCAGAUGAUCUAUAGCUAUCGUUUACACUAAAAGAUUACGAAAUAAUGCUCUUGUUCUAGCUCUAGCUCUGUGUUCGUUUGAUGUAAAUCGACCUUUAAUUUAAUUGUGCCCUACCCUAAGCCCGUUCGCGUUCUUGACGGUCCGACGCGUUUGAAGUCAACGCGAGUAUCGAACAGGCAACAUCGCUUGUGUUCUAUCCGACCAGUGUCUUUGAACUUGAAGAGCACGGAAUGGCAACAUCGCAUUUUGAUGUGCAAAGAUUAAAGUUCAUUGAAUCAUUGAGUGUUGACCUAGCAACCCCGUGACCCGAUUUUACAAUGUACAGCAUGUUAAUAUUCGCUCAAAAUUAAAAGUCUACAUUUUGACCUAAUUAGUGCACCGAUUUCGUUCAUGUUUUGUAUAUCGUCAGCAAAUGCUAUAACAAGUAUGUGGCUACAUUUAAUUCAUAAAUGUAAAAUACAUACUGUAUAUUAGGUACUAUUAUUUAAUACCUAAGUAAAGGCCGGCAACGCACCUGUGAUUCCUCUGGUGUUACAAGAGAGUGUGGGCGGCGGUGAUCACUUAACAACAGGUGACCCGUACGCUCGUUUGUCCUCCUAUUUAAAAACAAAAGUACCUACUGAAAAGGGUUUAAUGGUUUAUAAUUUGACGCUAUAAAGCGCAGAAACUAAAUAAUAAUGUAACUUUAAAAGAUCUAAUGUAAAAACAGUGUUUUAAUCCUUUAAAAGUGUUUUAGAUAGUUAAAAGUUUAAGUCUGUUUUAUAUAAUUGUAAAUGAUGCAUGUUUUAAUAUAAUUAUAAAAUAUUGUUGAUUUCUUAUUCAUACGUUUAAUUCAAUUUGUAAAUAUUCCGAUAAUGUCUGCAUUCAAUAUAAUUCAAUACUUGUGUUUGUGUGUUCGAGGUGUGUUCAAAAAAUAACGAGAAUUUUUGUUUUAUGAAAAAAAUCUUUAUUUAUUCAUCAAUAUCUAUUUUGUCCCCUUCAAAGUAACCCCUCUCGGAUAUUAUACACUUGUGCCAACGCUUUUUCCAAUCCUCGAAACACUUUUGAAACUCUAUCUUUGUAAUAGCUUUUAGCUCUUUCAGCGAUUCGCUUUUAAUGUCAUCUAUGCUUGUAAAACGACGGCCUUUUAAUGCAAUAAUAAAUUCAUAUCCGUAAACCCAUGUUUCGUCACCUGUUAUAACACGUUUGAGUAGUUCUGCAUCGUUAUUAACUUCAUUUAGCGACUCCUGAGCAACUUCCAUUCGCCGCUGUUUUUGUUCGAAAUUUAACAAUUUUGCUGCCACAUGUUUCAUACCCAAAACAUCCGAAAAAAUUUCAUGGCAUGAGCCAACUGGUAUACCAACAUCAUCAGCGACUUCUCUGAUUGUGAUUCGGCGAUCGUUCAUAACCAUUUCUUUCACUUUUUUCACGUUUUCAUCGGUUGUUGAUGUGCUUGGGCAUCAAGGUCGUUCGUCAUCUUCAACGUUUUCGCGGCCAUCUUGGAAACACUUAUACCACUCGUAAAUCCUUGCUUUACUCAUAGCAGACUCACCAUAUGCUUUUGUUAACAUUUUACAAACUUCACUACACUUUAUUUCAUUUUUACGCAAAAUUGAAUACAAAUUCUUUGAUACAUUUUUUUUCACACACGAAAAUCGCCGAGCUCGAAAAACACGUCUAACGUUAGCGGCUGCCACUCAAAAAGUAAGCAAUGAAUAUUGCGGAAAAUUUUAUCGUACUUCAGGGGCAUGUGUACCAACAUAAUAAAAAAAAAAUUUUAUACAGGCGUACUCUCCAAACCCGCGAAAUUUAAAAAUUCUCGUUACUUUUUGAACACACCUCGUAUGUUAUUGAAAUGAGUGUAACACUUAUAAUUAAGCCAACACUUAGAAUUUAUUAUUUAUUGUUAUCAUAUUAUUAUGCUUUUGUUAGUGUUUGUCUUGUUGUUGUUAAAUAAAUAAAUAAAAAAACUCUAAAA